AUGAGCCGGAACCUUCCGAAUCCCAGUUUGGUUGGUAUCCUUUUCGUGGUCUCGACACAUAGCGGGCCGCAACUACUAUAUAAAUACCCACAUAAUUUGACGGACCGAGUGUUCUCACUGGUACCAAGGAAACAUGCGGGCACUGAGGAUGGCAUGCAACAUCUAGUAAGGGACGACAAGGAUGACGAUGACGAUGAUGAGCUUUACGAGUACAACGAGGAUGAAGAUCCAGAGAGUGGCGAUUUGUUAUUCUUUGACAAGGAUGGUACGAGUCGAGACCGCAGCGGUAUCAAUGUCAUUUCCGAUACCAACCACUCCCAGUACUAUUAUGGGACCAAACUAGAGUUGAAAAGAACCUUAGAUGAAGGAAGAGCACUACGAAGAGCGACGCCGCACAAGCAUAACCACAAUAGGUUGAAUACCGAACAUCCCAAGAGGAACGAACACAGUCAGGGAAGCAAAAGCCGUCGAAGCAUACGUAAUACUGAUACAACGCAGGAUGAUAAUUAUCAAAAACAAAAGGGCCAACAAGAAGGGAGGGAGAAAAAGGACAAGGACAAGGAAAAGGAAAAGGAAAAGGAUGCAGAGGAAAAAGGCGAUGUUUCUGAGCCUCACUCUGCUGUUGAUACUUUCAGUAUAGCUGAUGACAUUUUUGGAAUGGCCCCAGGCUAUCUCUGUGAAAUGUUAUCACCCCCAAGGCAAAUGUGUAAUACACGUUAUGAAGUCACAAUACAAGACAAAAUCUUUCUUGGGUUACCCAUCCAUCAGCAUGCAGAUGGAACAUGGACAAACGCUCGAAGUUCCAAGCGCUCUCAGUCGGGCAGGAGCAAUUCUUUGCACUUUGAAAAUUUAACCUCAAGUACUGAGGCACAACUAGCAUCAACCACGGCACAAAGUUUAACGAUGUUCCAUCUUGUGUUUAUCAUGAACCCACCAGCUACAGAAUGCAGCUAUAGAAUCGAUGAAAUGUUUCAACACGUUGCGUCAAGAACCUCACUAGGGUUGAGACUCGCGCAACAGAAACAUAAUUAUGUUGGCAACCAAAUGAAAGCCAUCCAGAGGGCGCGGGAGCAGGAAUGCAAGGAAGUGGAUUUGGAUAAAACAUUGUCGUUGUGCAAACUAAUUAAAGAGUGUUAUCUCGCAAUCAGCACAUCACGAAUAGCAAAUUUAGAGAUAGACGGCAAGCAAGUGGUUUGCCAAAUACCUACAAAAUAUGAGUUUGACUCGCUCCCUGAACCUUCUGUGCCAUAUAUUCCGCGGUCAUUCCUAUCCUCCAGUAUUCACUCAUUUGGCAUGUGGGAUCGAUCAAAUAUUGAGCAACAAAAGCUUGACGACGAUUUUUUACAGGAAUCAAUAAUGUGCUUUGCUUUAUUGCUACUUGCGGAACCUCAUAAUAUACUUCAGGAUAUGAAUAUUGUCACCAACUCACCGUUUGGAAAAUUUAUCAUGCUGUUACAUCCUUCGGAAUCUUUGCUCAAGUUUUGUUCCAAAAACUCACAGCAUUUCGAACCGAGCGAGGUUAAGUCAUAUGCUUUGCAUUUGAUCUAUUGGAAAAAAGCAAGGGCAAUACAACCACUUUCGUCGAGGUCUGUUUACGUGGCUUCACCUAUGGCUUCGUUGACUACAAAAUUGUUUGAAGAUAUAUAUCGUUUCAAGGCCAGAUUCCCAAUGUCGCCUUCUUUGCCUCAAUUCUUGAAGCUUCUCUCGCCCCAGCUCAAGAAACCACAACAGUUUGCUUCGAUCAUACCUUCUCGGGACCACCGCGCCAGUUAUUUUGAAGCUCUAGCCUGGCUCAUUCGCUUUGGAUAUGUGAACCAGCAGCUAACAUUUGUGUGGCUCAAAAUUCCCAAAAACUUACGAGUCAAGGUGGAAGAAGAUAUGGAAAAUGAGGACGCUUUGCUCAAACGAAACAAGGACAGAGUCUUUGGUGAAAAAAGUCAGACAACGGAUAAUACCUCGAAAACCAUGGCGGUACAAGAGUCUCCGCAUAACAAUGAUAUUACGACUACUAGGGAUACCAAGAUUAGUAACAAUCGCAAUAAUGGCUCUGAUUUCGAUACUGAUGCUGAUGCUAAUGUUAAUGUUAAUUCUGAUGCCAAUACUAGUACUAAUGCUGCAGUAGCAAAUACUGCCGCAGGUCUGGUUGAUGCAAGAAAAGACUCGUUGAUAAAUGCUACGACAGAAACAACAGAGUCUCAGACGGAACGGUUAAAAAAGCAACUCACCUUGAGCGUUGUUGACGACGAGGACACCAUCAUAUUAGAGCCAGGUAGAGCAAGCACUUUGGAACGAAGAUGGAUUAAUGAGAUAAUUUCCGUGUGUAAAUUAUCACACGACUUGAUUGCAAUUUUUUACAAAUUGUUGAAAUUUAUGAAUGGAAAGACCCCUUAG